AUGAACAAUGCCCCAUAUCACUCGAUUGUGAAAAAUAAGGCUGCCACAACAUCCAGCACGAUUGCUGAAAUUAAAUUAUGGCUUGAAGAGAAUAAUAUUCAUUUUGAACCGACCCUACGAAAACCUAUGCUUUAUGAUUUGGUGAAAAAAAAUAAACCAGAACCAGUUUAUGAAAUUGACGAGUUACUGAGCGAGCAUGGACAUACAGUAGUAAGGCUGCCACCCUAUCACUGCAACCUGAAUCCAAUUGAACUUAUAUGGUCUUUGGCAAAAAGAAAAGUGGCAGCACAAAAUGUUGGAUCCAGAGAUAUAAAACAAUUAACUGAAGAGGCCUUUGCUUCUAUAACUUCAGCAGAUUGGAAAUCAUGUUGUGACCAUGUCAAAAAAAUUGAAAUGGAGUACAUUGAAAGAGGCCCAACGCUGUAUCAAAAUAUAGAAAAAUUAAUUAUAAGAGUUGGUGAGGAUACCAGCAGCAGUAGCAGUGAGUCUGAACCAGAAUCAGAAGGUUCCUGUCUGCCUAGUACUUCUCGCCAAGAUUCUCCUGGGACAAUAGAUGACAACAUGUCUGGUGUCGAAUAUUUAGAUUUUGAUAUUGUGUUUGACAUUGAGUCAAGUCUGCAGAAGUUUUUCGAGUUAGAAGAAAUUCCGUCUCAACGUUUUAUUAGUCCGGAAGAGUUAGAAUGUGAAAAUAUUUUUAAUUCUACUGUCAUUUUUAAAGAUAAUAGAUAUUUUGUCGAUUUACCGUUUUCGCGAAACCCCUCCGGUUUAGGUAAUUCUCGCGGUGUUGCUCAACGGCGUUUGCUCGCGCUCGAGCGUAAAUUCGCGUGCGUGCCAGCCCUGCGCGAAAGUUAUAAUAGAACUAUAUCGGAUCAUAUUUCUCAGGGGUAUUUAAGCGAGGUACCUGACUCUGAAUUAACAGAAGAGGGUUAUUAUAUACCGCAUCACGCCGUGAUCAGUCCUGAUAAGGACAACAUCCGGGUCGUUUUGGACGCUAGUGCUACGACGCAUACGGGGCUGUCACUCAAUGACACUUUACAUGUGGGUCCUAACUUGCAGGCUGACUUGUUUUCGUUAAUACUUGACUUUCGCAUAUUUCCCGUCGCAAUAACUGCGGACAUAAAGCAAAUGUUUUUGCGCAUGGAG